UAAGGAAGCUGCAAAUUCAGGGCCUCCCAGGAAGCAUCAUAAGGAAACUAAGGAAGAAACUAAGGAAUCUGGAUGCUUCUUUGUCAAAGGGACUAAUCACAAGAAAAAGAACUGCACUAAGUACCACGCUUGGCGUGCGAAAAAGGGGUUGCCUGAGCUGCCGAAAACUAAUUGAUGGUGAAAGAUACAUCUAUGUCGGUGAUGGCAGGCGGGUUGAAGUUGAGGCUAUCGGUGUUUUUAGAUUAUUAUUAAAGACUGGUUUUUAUUUGGAUUUGAAAGAGACAUUUGUUAUGUCGUCAUUUAGGCGAAAUUUAAUUUCUAUUUCUGCAUUGGACAAAUUUGGUUAUUCUUGUUCAUUUGGAAAUAGUCAGUUAAGUCUAUUUCAAGAUUCAAAACUUAUUGGUACUGGUCUUUUAUCAGUUUAUGAUAAUCUAUAUUCACUUGAUAUAAAUACCUCAUAUAAUGAAACCUUGCAUGUAAGUACUCGUGGUACUAAAAGAAAAUUAACAAAUGAGAAUUCGUUUUCAC